AUGUCACCAACCUUGGCUGAGGGCUAUGAACAGAUCCAGUCCGGUGGCACAAGAGCAUGGGAGGAAGCGUUUAUGAAGAUGCAUUUGAACUCACACAAGGAGGUUGAAGAUAGACGUCUUACGACGAAAGUGGCGAAAAAUUUGUUAAAUAUGGACCGAAAUCGCUACAUAGACGUUCUUCCUUUCGAUCAAUCACGAGUAGUUCUCGGUUCGAACGCCGACGAUGAUGAUUCGUAUAUAAAUGCAUCCUACGUCUCUAUCAAAAGAGCUCAUAGAAACUACAUUCUAGCACAGGGGCCUUUGGAGAAUACCUGCAAUGACUUUUGGCAGAUGGUUUGGGAGCAGAACGUUCCAGCUGUGAUUAUGCUUAACAAACUUCUGGAAAGUGGUCGGCAUAAAUGCGCUACGUACUUUCCUUCGAAAAGCGUGCGAUCUGUAGAGUUCGAUGACUAUACUGUAGAAUUGGAAUGUGAAGAACAACACCACAACUUUGUUGUUCGAAAAAUUCGCUUGAAAAAGCAUGGCGAUGGAGACGAGGCAGAACGCAAUGUUCUUCAUGUACAGUACACAGAGUGGCCUGAUUUUGGUGUGCCUGCAUCCACAAAAUGUUUUCUCAACAUGCUCAGAUAUAUUCAAAGUCAUAACGUGCUCAGCGUGAAGGAUGAUGAUCCUCCUUGUAUAGUUCACUGUUCGGCUGGAAUAGGUCGUUCUGGGACUUUUAUUCUCGUUGAUGGUGUACUGAGAAUGAUAGAGCUCGGUGCGCCCGAAUCCGAAAUUUCCCUAAAUGACCUUUGCGUUGAUUUAAGAUGUCAACGUUUUGGGCUCAUUCAAACACCUCAGCAGCUCAUGUUUAGUUGGCAUGCUAUUGUUGAUGCUCUUCAACAACAAAACGAUGCUAAGGAAUCUUUUUCUGAAAACGGAACGGAUUCCGAUGUAAACGUCAACGAAGAUCGUCCACUGACGACGGACAAAAAAGCGAAACGAAGAACAGUGGACAGAGAGGAGGAUUCGACAGAAGAUCGAGUUGCAAAAAGGCGACGUGAAAUGGUUGCACGUAUGGUAGCGCGUAGUCGUGAAGCAGAGGCUGUUCGUCGAAGUUACGUUGGCAGUUUGGCCAACCAACUGGGUGUUAAUCCGACGACUGUGUUCGCUGCCGGUGAGAGACCUAUUAUGAAACCGAAAGCCCCUGUCAAUGUCCAGCUUGAAUUCUUGACUCAGCUUCGUUUAGAUAAGAUGUUUGGUUCUAGCUCCUCGUUUGGAGCUAAACCAUCGUUAUUUGGCAGUACUACUACCACUACCGCAUCAAAUCCAAAUUCUGAGGAUAUCGCAGUAGAAGGCUCUCCAGAUGAUACAGUUCAAGUGUUGCGGUUCAGCCCAAAUGUUAACGAGAAGCCAUUGUUAGCAGCGGGCAGUUGGGACGGUGUCGUUCGUGUGUGGAUGGUGAAUGAUAAUGGUCAAUGUGAAGGUAAAGCACAACAGAAUAUUCCUGCACCUAUACUUGACCUAUCGUGGACAGACGAUGGAACUAAAAUUUUCAUAGCAGCAGGUGACAAAGAAGUACGGUUAUGGGAUUUGGCGUCGAACCAAGUUGCAGUUGUUGGUACUCAUGACGGACCUGUGAAGACGUGCCACUGGAUAAAAGGAAAUAACUAUUCAUGCUUGAUGACGGGAUCGUGGGACAAAACGCUACGGUUUUGGGAUAUGCGACAGUUGCCGACACAGUCCUCAUUAGCUAAUAUUACGUUACCUGAACGGGUCUAUUGUGCGGACGUAUUGUAUCCUAUGGCAGCGGUAGGCCUCGCUAACCGUCAUAUCAAGGUGUACAAUCUCGAAAACGGACCGCAGGAGGUGAAAAAUAUCGAAAGUCAGCUGAAGUUUCAACACAGAUGUGUGUCGAUAUUCAAAGACAAAACGAAUUCGAUGCCAUGCGGCUUUGCUGUGGGAUCUAUAGAAGGUCGAGUUGCUAUCCAUUAUGUAGAAACCACAAAUCCGAAGGAUAAUUUCACAUUUAAGUGUCAUCGAUCAGCAGAAGUAGUUAAUGGAUAUCAGGAGAUUUUUGGGGUGAACGAUAUCGUAUUUCAUCCGCAACACAACACACUGGUGACGAUCGGCUCCGAUGGCCGAUAUUCGAUGUGGGAUAAGGACGCGCGCACUAAACUGAAGACUUCGGACGCGGCACCACUGCCGCUAACGUGCGCCUCCAUACACGCUUCCGGACAAGUGAUGGCGUAUGCGAUAGGAUACGAUUGGAGCAGGGGACACGAAGGGAACACGCAACCGGGAUCAAAAAUCAUGCUACACAAUUGCUCCGAGGACAUGAAGCCAAGGGCGAAGAAAUAA